UCACUGUUUGGAGCCGAACCACAGCACGAGGAGGACAUCUGCUGGUCAAACGAACGCUUGUGGAACUUGAAGUCUGCAGGAAGGACAAAGUGUUGUAACUUGGGCAGAAGAGUCCAUAGAGAAGGGAAGUCGCACACCUUCCGAAUCCUGAGAAGGACCCACUCGCUCUGUUUACUAAUGUCCAACUUAUAGGACAACCAGCCGUCUGUGAGAUAUGCUGAGUCUGCUGCUCUAUCUGCUUUGCCUGUGUUUUAUGCUCAGGGACACAUCUGCACUUGCGGAUCUUAGUGACUGUGCAGCUGCAGGGGACAUAUGCCAUGCCAACGCAGAUUGCUUCAAAAAACGUGAUGAUAAGUUUGUAUGCAUGUGCCGAAUGGGGUACAGGGGCUCUGGAGUGCAAUGUCAGGACAUUGAUGAGUGUACAACUGGUCUUCACAGCUGCCAUGAAAAAGCAGUCUGCAGUAACACUCUAGGCAGUUUCACCUGUUCAUGCCAAAAUGGUUAUUUUGGUGAUGGUUUCCAAUGCCAAGAUAUCAAUGAAUGUCAAACUGAUAAUGGUGGAUGCCAUGUUAAUGCGCUUUGCACCAACAGAGAUGGAGGAAGAGACUGCAGUUGCAAGUCUGGUUUCACUGGAAAUGGAUUUCAGUGCGAUGAUGAUAAUGAGUGUGCAAGACCGGGAAUCUGCCACUGGAACGCCACUUGCACCAACAACCCUGGCUCCUACAUGUGCACAUGCAACACUGGCUACAAAGGCAAUGGAAAUUAUCUCUGCCUAGACAUUGAUGAGUGCUCAGAGACUCCUGGUGUGUGCUCUGCUUUCUUUGGGUACAAAGGUUGCAAGAACCAGCCAGGAAGCUACACCUGCCUCUGCAACAGUGGCUACCAAAGCAACGGACAGACAUGUGAGGACAUCAAUGAAUGUGAAAUCAACUUCUGCAGCUCAUUUGCUGAAUGUACAAACUUGCCAGGCUCAUUUCGUUGUACUUGUCCCGAUGGAUUUGUGGGGAAUGGCUUGGCGUGCGUAGACAUUAAUGAGUGUGACAGAAAGAACAACUGUGACCCCAACGCAAUAUGUACCAAUUUGCUAGGAAGCUAUCAAUGCUCUUGCCGUCCAGGGUUCCUAGGCACAGGUUCAAAGUGUACUGACAUUAACGAAUGUGCCAGCAAUAACAUAUGCCCAGCAAACUCUGCAUGUGUCAACACGGCAGGUUCAUUCUUCUGUGACUGUGGUCGAGGCUACAGCUUUAAUCAAACCCAGUGUAUGGAUGUGGAUGAAUGUGCCACAGGACAUUGCAGUGCUUACGCCUCUUGUGAAAACUUACCUGGUUCAUUCAUCUGCGCAUGUGUAGCUGGUUUCGAAGGUAAUGGGUUAAUAUGCGUGGAUGUGGAUGAGUGUGCCACAGAAAAGCGGUGCCAUGUUAAUGCACACUGUAUUAAUGUACCAGGGAAAUACAACUGCAGUUGUAUGGUGGGAUACACAGGGGAUGGUGUGUCGCAGUGCACAGAUGUGGACGAGUGUCUUGUUGAUAAUGGUGGCUGCAGAAACAGAGCAACAUGUCUCAACAGUAAGGGGUCUUUCUCUUGCGUUUGCCCUUCGGGCUUUCAGCUAAUCAAUCGUACCACCUGCCAGGACAUAGAUGAAUGCCAGCUACCUAAAAAGGUUUGUGGCAUCAAUGAGCAGUGCUCAAACAUGGAAGGGUCAUAUUUAUGCGAGUGUAAAACAGGCUUCAGUCGAAUCACUGAUUAUUUAGACUGCUCUGAUAUUGAUGAAUGUGAACAGCAGAAACCUUGUCACCAGAAUGCCACAUGCUUGAAUUUAGCAGGCUCCUUUUCAUGCACCUGCAAUCAUGGCUUCUCAGGAAAUGGCAUUGCAUGUGAGGAUAUAAAUGAAUGUUCAAUUAUGGGUAUGUGCCAUCUACAUGCCAACUGCUACAAUUAUCCUGGUGACUUUGUGUGUAUAUGUCACCAGGGUUUUACAGGAGAUGGUUCUACCUGUACAGACGUGGAUGAAUGUGCCCUUUCAAAUAAUACUUGCCCAGACAUCUCUGUAUGUGUCAAUUCCCCUGGAGCAUAUGUCUGUUCUUGUCUGAAUGGCACAGUAGCAUACAACAACACUUGUGUUCUCCCUAGUCGUGAAUGUGAUCCUGCCUGCCAUCCACACGGACUGUGUCAUCCUUCACCUUCAGAGUAUCAGUGUGUGUGUGAUGUGGGAUUCAAAGGGGAUGGACUCACUUGCUCAGACAUCGAUGAAUGUGAAGAGAAUGUGUGCCCAAAGAAAGAGACACAAUGUGUCAAUAACCCAGGAUCCUUUGAUUGCAUUUGCAAAGUGGGUUACACUCUUAGCAGAACAGAAUGCAUAGAUGUUGAUGAAUGUGAAUCUGGAGUCAAUAACUGCAGCAAGUUUGCACAGUGUGUCAACACAAUUGGCAGUCAUCUGUGUUCCUGUCUCAACGGCUUCACUGGGGAUGGAAAAAACUGCUCUGACAUUAAUGAGUGCCAAUCCCAACAUGGAGGAUGCCACCCAGCUGCCAGAUGCACUAACUCCCCUGGCUCCUACAACUGUACCUGUCCCUUUGGCAUGACCGGAUCUGGGUUUGAUUGCCAAGAUGUGGACGAGUGUAAUGAAAACUCAACUUUACCCCAUAACUGCAGCCUUCUUGCCAUGUGCAACAACACAGAGGGAUCCUACCUUUGCAAGUGCAUGAAAGGAUACCAAGGAAAUGGGUUUACUUGUGAGGAUGUGGAUGAGUGCUUGUCACCCUCAAUCUGUGAGAACAACAUGACCUGCCAAAACUUUCCUGGAACAUAUACAUGCACAUGCACCCUUGGUCUAGUCUAUGGUUUGGGUACCUGUGUGAAUGAGAGGGACUGUAAGAAUGUAACCAAUGCGUGCAACACCCAUGCUGAGUGCAAAAACAUCCGUGGGUCAAACUAUUGCUCCUGCAUUGAAGGGUUUCUUGGGAAUGGUAGAAACUGUCGGGAUGUAGAUGAAUGUGCACAAACAGGAGCUUGCCCACAGUUCUCAAACUGUUUCAAUACAGAAGGGUCCUUUCAUUGUGACUGCUGGGAAGGUUACCAGUACAACGGGACACACUGUGAAGACAUAAAUGAGUGCAGUGUAGGAACCUUCACUUGCCCUGACAACAGCACCUGCCACAAUAAAGACGGAGGGUAUAAUUGUUCAUGUAAUAGUGGUUUCCUUUACUCUAACAACUCUCUGUGUUUGGAUGUUGAUGAAUGUGCCACAGGGAAAGCACAGUGCCCAAAUGCCUCCAACUGCCAAAACACAGCAGGACGGUAUUUCUGUAAAUGUUGGGAUGGGUAUGCAGGCAAUCAGACAGUCUGUGAGGAUGUUGAUGAAUGCCUCAACAAUUUUACAUGUUCAGACCACAGUGUCUGUGUCAACACUGAAGGUUCAUUUCUGUGCCUUUGUGAUCAUGGAUUUUCCUCUAAUGGGACCAGUAGUACCCAAUGUGAGGAUAUAGAUGAGUGCUCACACCCAGAGUUUGGCUCACUCUGCACUAACGGGACAUGCAUUAACACAAUUGGCUCAUUCUACUGUGCUUGUGACAAAGGAUUCUGGAGCAAUGGCACUAGGUGUCUUGACAUAGAUGAGUGUGAAAAGAAUGAAUCCAUAUGUCAACCUCACUCUACAUGUGUCAAUAACCCUGGGUCUUAUGAAUGUAACUGCAACCUGGGUUACGUUCUUAACAGAACCGAGUGUCAAGACAUUGAUGAAUGCCUUGCAAAUAGCAGUCCCUGCACUGCCAACGCUGUAUGUGUAAAUACAGCAGGGUCUUUCCAGUGUCCAUGCGCAACUGGUUUUGAAGCCCAGGGCCGAAGAUGUACAGACAUAGAUGAAUGCCUUUUGAACAGAAUUUGCCGUCCCGAUCAGGUAUGCAUCAAUAAACCCGGAUCAUACCAGUGCUCUUGUCCACCAGGAAAUCAUGAGGAAAAUGGUACCUGCAUCGACAAUAACGAAUGUGCAAAUAACUCUACCUGCCACCCCAUGGCAAGAUGUUGGAACACAGUGGGCUCUUUUACAUGCCAGUGUCGCUUAGGUUACACUGGAAAUGGGACGCACUGUAAAGACAUUGAUGAGUGUUCCAAGUCACCCUUACGUUGUCACAAGUCAAGCCUAUGCAUCAAUACCCCUGGAUCUUAUGUAUGUGUAUGUGCACCAGGUCUUAUUGCACUAGGGUCUCUUUGUGUGGAUCUAGACGAAUGCCAGUCCAAUAGGGGUGGAUGCCAUCCUGCUGCCACAUGCUACAACUCUGCAGGUGGUUUUCAGUGCCAGUGUGGCAAUGGAUGGGAUGCUUCAACCAGAAAUGGGCAUGGAAUGGAUGGAUGCAUAGACCGGAAUGAGUGUGACUCUCCUGAUGUGUGUUAUGGCAACAGAAUAUGCACCAAUUUCAUUGGAUCUUACAGCUGUGCCUGCUCUACCAGAGACACCCACUGCCCACAGCUGCCGCCAAUGGAAAGUGACCUGUAUCCAUUUGGAGAGGAAGCAGGUGAUGCUGGGUUGCCAAAGACAGAGGCAGAUGGAAAUUCUCCAUACAUCGCUCCUCCUGCAGGCUUUCCAUUCAUGGGCAAAAUAUAUGAGCGACUGUUUUUUUCAGAUAACGGCUUGGUGCAGUUCCAGUCGGUCAGUGAGAAUGAGAAACCAUUGCUCCCUGCUCCAUUCGCAGAGGGUUUCAAUGGUAAUGAGGGCCAGCCAAUGCUGGCUGCGUUCUGGGACGAUGCUGACCUUACACUUGGGGAUGGAAAACUGCUAUACCAGGAAUACAGUCUGCUCAAUGUAUCUGACAUCUACGCUGAGGCAAUAUUUCAACGAACAGCACAAGAUGUUAGCAAAUUUGAGACUCAAAGGGGCAAACCCCCCUUUUCCCCCUCCUGGAUACUGAAAAUCACAUGGGAUCAUGUUUUGCCUGUGUCGUAUCAAAAGAUCAACUUCUCUGAGACCAACACCUUCCAGUGCAUUCUGACCACAGAUGGACUACGUUCAUUUGCUCUGCUCCGCUACAGUGACAUGAACUGGGGUCCAGGACAGAGGACCGAUCAUAAUGCUCUUAUAGGCUACACUGAUGGCAAGAGCAACUUUCACAAUGAGAUUCCAAAGCCACCAGACAACCUGUUUGGCCCAGGAGGGCGUUAUCGUCCCCAGACUGCCAUGGGUAACACAGGCAAACUGGGGCAGCUGGUGUAUGACCUCACAGGCUCUUCUGAAGCCAGCUCGGAUCCUCAGAGGCAUUGCCAGGUAUGGGCCUUCAGUGAGCCAGAUCCUAAAGAAUGGGCAUUAGGACUGGCACCAUGUCCCUGCAUUCGUGUUCAAGCGCAGGAGGACCUGGCUUUUAGCCUUGACACUCUCCCAUCAGAACAGAUGGCACAAGUGAGGGAUCUGAGAGCUCUUAGGUGGGGUGGCAGCAGGGGCCGUGUCUUUCAGUCUGUCCUGUAUAAUAAACAAAAAACAGGAAAGAGAUGUGUAUAUGAUCCAGAGGGCCCCCUGCUGGCUGGAUACAGUGAACGGUACUUUACUGAGGACAAGAUGCAACAACAUAUAGACAAGGAUCUUUUACCCUUCCAGUGGUGCUGUGUUCAGUCUUCUCUGUGUGACAUUUACUUGGCAAAGAGACCACUUGACCGGUGCCAAGGGUACAGUUGGAACAGCUCUGACAGCAGUAUACCUGGGAACCGGGGAGCACCAGGCAUUGGCAUGGUAUACGGUAGUCUCCACUUUAUUACCUUUGACGGGAGUGAGUAUACCUUCAAAGGUUUGGGGGAGUACGUUAUAGUCCGUCUCUCCUCCAGCACGGGAUCAAACAUCUUCACCCUGCAUGGACAAACAGAAGUUCUAGUGGUCAACGGGCAGCCCAAACCUGUGCCUGCUCUGGUACGAUUAGCCGCCUUCUAUCAGGGUGCUGGGAAGGUGGAGUGGCGAUGUGCUGAAUCUGGGGAUGGACUUAAUGUCUUGGUUAAUGAUGAGGCCAUUCCUGUGACUGUUGGAGCGAUGCAUGUAAAUGAGCAGGGCUUUGCGGUGCGCUGUACCUCUGUGAGCCGCUGCGCAGUGGUGUACGGCGAGGGCCUGUACGUGCUUGUGUGGAGAGGCAAUGCUGGGAGGCUCAGCGCUCUGGUGGAGGUCCCACAGAGGUUCUAUAACCGUACACUGGGUUUGCUGGGACACUGGAGCUCCAACAGAACCGAUGUUUUCCUGCUCUCCAAUGGCCGUAUGGUGCCUUCUCUAAAUAACAACGUCCCCUCUGAACAGAGUCUGCUUCCCUUCGGACAGUCAUGGGCUGUUCCUGCUCCAGAGAGUCUUCUGUUGUCAGAGCCUCCUAGUGCUCCAUUCAAUCCCAUCAUGACAGAGCAACUGAUGUCCUCAGUGAGCCCAGAUGUGCUGGCCAAACACAGUCAGACCUGCCAGGGCAGCAUGCAGUGUGUGCAUGACAUCCUGGCCACAGGAAACAUUAUCCUCGGCCAGGAUGUUCAGAAAGACCAGCAGCAGUUUCAGAGCCGAACGCAAAUUUACGGAAACCUGCCGCCCAUUGUGACAGAGCCAUUUGUUAUCAGGUGUAAAGUCAACAGUACAGUUAGAGUUCAGUUCAAGGCCCAGGAUCCAAACAGAGACCCAAUCACCUUCUCCAUUGCUUUACCGCGCUUUCCACGCGUCACCAUCGGCAGCGGUGAUGGUAUCUUCACGUGGACCCCUUCUGGUAUUCAGCCAGUCAAUCUGACAGUUCAAGUGAGCGAUCAAACAUCCAGCUCCGUGAUCACCCCUGUUCUGCAGCUCUGUAACUGUAUGAAUGGAGGAAGCUGCCAGUACGACAGCGUGGUUGAGAACCAUCUGCAGGGAAAGUUUCAGAUUGUGGGAUGUCUUUGUCCACUGGGUUUCAGUGGCAAGUACUGUGAUAACAGAGUAGAUGUGUGUAAAGGCAAACCCUGUUUUCCUGGUGUGGAAUGCAUAAGACAGAAAGAAGGAGACCUGUUCACGUGUGGACCGUGCCCUCCUCCGACUGUAUACCAGGGCAAACAAGGAUACAAGUGCUUUGAAAAUGACUUCUGCCUCCCUCCGUUCCCCUUCCCCUGUCAUGAGAUGGCAGACUGCACCAGCACCGGCUACAACUACACAUGUAAAUGUAAGCGUGGCUACAGAGGUGACGGAAAACAGUGUGAAGAUAUUAAUGAGUGUCUGGACCCCUCGGCCUGUCCCAAUGCCAAGUUUGAAUGUGUGAACAUGCCGGGAUCGGUGCGCUGCUCAUGCCGUUAUCAGAAGACCAGAGAUACCGACGGCUGUGGUGACUCUGCUAAUCCUACAGGAUGGAAUAUUUUUAACGUGUCCAUGGGCUGGGGAAAUCAGGCAUCAGCACCGGAACUGAGUAAGCUGGAGGAGAUCCUGUCAAUGGGUUUUCAGAACAAGUUCUACAAUGCCAGUGCUAUAGCUCCCGAUUCAGCAUCAGCAGGCGGGCAGAAUGAGUACAGGAUCAAUGUGUCCAGUGAUACGCCGCACUGGUAUGUCAUGGACUACCUGACCCGAGUCAGUCAGUACUACGGCAUCCGUUCAGCCUCUGUGGACGACCUUGAUGAAUGUACGACAAAAGAGGCUCCAUGUUCAAAAUCAGCCCAGUGUGUCAACACCUAUGGGGGCUACAGGUGUGUGUGCAAUGGCACUGAUCUAAAGGAGGAAUCACAGUCAUGCAUUUUUGACUGGAACAGUGUUAACCGCACAGACCUGACGGUUGCUCAGACUGCGGAGGAUAAGAAGUCAUUCAUUUUGGGGCUGGUCCUGGGCAUUGGUAUCCCCCUCCUGCUGCUGCUGUUGCUGGCGGCGCUUGCCUGCUUCUGCUGCUGCUCACGCAAGAAAACCAUCUCUGGGGAUAUUCCUCAUCUGCUGCCCGAGUACAUUCAGGAGCAGUUCAACCCUCCGUUCAACUUCGACGACCCCUCUCUGCAGUACAUCACCCAUGUUAGUCCGCGUAUCCUUGAUAACCUCACUCCUCACCAGAAGCGCCGUUAUCGAUAACACAGGCCCUGUGUGGUUCAUGCAGCAUCAGUGCAGAUGUACAUUUGUGUUUAAAAAGAAAUCCCAGUAUGAUAUUAUUUAUAUUAAACAGAGACUGCUGACUUUUUUGUCACGUGUGAAAGUGAAAGAACACAUGCAAAACAAACAUGGAGCGAUCUGUGAGCAACAAGCUCUGCUGAAUUAUUAACUCUUGUGAAGAAAAUAAUGUAUAUAUGCAGUGUUCUCAUCAAAUUUCAACAAGAUUAUCAGUUGACAUGCAUUAGUUGCACUUCUGUAGCACUGACCUUAAAAAACAAAGCUACCGUUUAAAGAUGUUUAUGUAAGAGGAGAAACAUCAGUUGAAAUAUGGUUCAAUUUAGGGAAAUUAGGCACAUUUUAGGACCACUCAAAACUUUAAAAGGUCUGGAUGCAUUUUAGUUACAAGAAUUGUGGUAAAAUGUGUAUUAAUGUUAUGAAAUGUCAAAUACAACAAAAAUGGUUCUGUAAUACAUUUUCCCCUUAGUUUGGGGGUGAAAUAUGGCAUUCUGCAUGGAAUUUUUUAUCUCAUCGUCAAAAUUUUCCUGUUGAAAGCAAAGCAACUGAAUGUAUGCAUGUUGUCUAUAAGCACACAUAAGGCACCAUCAAACCCAUUCAAACACUUUGUCUUAAAAUACUUAGCAAUGAUUAUGAUAUUUCUACAUACACUAGUACUCUUUCCUCAAAUAAAAUAAAAUAAAAAUGACUUUUUUAAUAGACUACUGGAUGUUUCCUUUUAAAAACUGAAUGUGUGAGGAAACAUGAUUUUUACAGCAUACUGUGGGGUCUAAAAAUCUGAGACGACUAACUAAUGAAUAUACAUCUAUUUUUCGUGCUUUUCUAUUAAUUAUAUUAGUAGUUUUUAUUACAAAUGUUAUCAGUAGCAUAACGAUUUGAAUAAAAUAUAUUUCACAUAAAUGUCUUAAAAUAAUACUUUCAUUCUGCUAUAACAGGGUUUCCACAAAAAUAUAAC